CGCAGCUACCAAACCUCUCGCUCCACACUCCUCCAUUUCUCUCUUCAAUAAAUAACUCUCUGUGCAGCAAGAGAGUUAACUCUCUCUGCGUCGUUUUAUGCUGCAAUAAAUAACUCUCUUCAUUGCAUUUUUCAAUUUUAAAUUAAUGGCGGUUGAAGCAACGCAUCCCAAUUUCUUUCCUCCGCAAUUUCUUCAACGCAGAGAGAGUUUUAUGAAUCCUCCCCACGAAGGGUAUGCGUACAGCCACAAGUUUCAGGCGGUGAAUCAGCACUUUGUUUCCGAAUCUAAUAGCCAUAUUCCGGCCACCAGAAAGCGAUAUAGAGAUGAAUUAUUCGGUGAAAACAUGUUGCCACAAUUCCGGCGUGAGAUCGACUCCUUAAUUCAUCAACAUACGAUGAAAAUCCGAUUGGAAUUGAAGCAGCAGGCGAAGAUGGCGGCGGCGAGGAUGGGAGAGUCGAUGGCGAAGACGCUGCGGGAGAAAGACGAUGAGAUCGAGAAAAUGGCGAGAUUGAAUCAGAUGCUGGAGGAAAAGGCGAAAGGCCUCUACCUUGAGAGCCAGCUGUGGCAGGAGAUGGCGCGGGCCAACGAGGCGGCCGCGAAUUCCCUCCGACACGCGCUAGCUCAAUUUGGAGGCGCAGCAACGGCGGCGGUGGAGGAGGAUGUGGAGUCGUGCGGCAGCUGCUGCGAUGAGACGACGGAGAGGAGGAUGUGCCGGAUUUGCGGGGAGAGGCAGUGCUGCGUGGUGGUGCUGCCGUGCCGCCACCUCUGCUUCUGCAGCGGUUGCGGAAGCGGGCUCCACCAAGCCUGCCCCGUUUGUAAUGCUAGCAUGACCGCCACGCUGCACGUAAACAUGUCCUGAAAUUAUCAUUAGGCCAACACACGCACACAAUGUACACGGAAAAAUGAUAGACUUAAAUUAAGCAAUAAUAGGGUUACAAGAAGUGAAAAUAUAUGCAUUUUUUUUGUUGAUUUUCUUUUAGGUGGUGUUUUUACAUCAAAUUCAAUAUUCAAUUGUCAAUACACAAGAUUUUCUAUCUA